CACUCCUCAAUCAUCAUCAUCUUUUACUGAAGAACAGAUAUGAAUAACUCGCGGUGUUGAACUCGGUGACAACAGAAACACAGCUGAUAUUUCUGUAUAAGACAGUGUGUGAAAACUAAACAGAAAGGUUACUGGCUCUUUAUAAUACUGAACACUGAAGUUCACGUGAUUUUCUGUGUUUCUGGAGGACAGACAAGGAUAGAGCAGAACAGAACUGACAUUAACUCAGAGCAGCAGACGUUUCUGUUUAUCAGAUCACAAACCUGUUGAUGAAGAAGAGAAGAUCCUUGAAGACGUUGAAGAAGUAAUUACAGCAGAUUUGGUCAAAAGUGCUUCAUUCCUGAACUUUGUUCCUAAGUCACACAUCACGAUGGGGUUUUACACAUGUGUACAAAAGCAACUUCCUGAAUCUGAUGGAAAUAAUAAAACCACUCUUGAGAAAGGGGGAAGAAACCCACCUGAUGUCACUUUAGAUGACAUAGCUAAAGAUUUUUUGUCAUUUUUUAACAGGUUUGAGAGCUUACGUAAAACAACAAACAAUAUUGAAGAGAAAUAUGACAUUAAAAAUGAUUAUGGGGAUUACUGGUCAGCUGAUGAUAUCAAACGAGCUUGGGGAAAAACACAAAGAAUGGAUAAAAAAUCAGAUAAAAGAAAACACUGGGCUCAUGUGAUCAUUUUGCAGAUGUUAAAAAGAUUGGUUUAUGAUGGCUGUAAACAAAAUCCAGCACAGGAGGAUCACGAUGAUACAACGAUUGAAACUAAGCAAUCUUGUGAAAAAACACCAAGAAUGAAAGAAAACAAGGAUACCAUAGUUAACAGGUGUGAGCAGCAGAAAAGCAUUGACAACAAUGAAAAGUUGAAUUUCACAGAUAAGCCCAACCAAAUAAAAGCUGAAACAGAGAAUGGAGGAGGGGAAGAUGGUCUUUGGUCAACUAUUGAUGUUAAUCAAGCUCGUGGAAAAGCAGAAAGCAUGAAACGGAACUCAGAAGACAGAUCAACUCAAAGAAGUGAUGAACUAGAGACAGUGGAAGCUGCUGGAGAAGAUAGAAAGAGUUCUGGAGCAAAUCACAAAUCAACCAAAAGUGGUUUCAAUCAAACAAUCAAAAGUGGUGCCAGUCAGGGCCGGUCUGGGGCAGGACUUCCUGCUGGGAGAAAGGCCACUAAGAAUGAUCCCGUUGCUGCCGAUGACCAGUCCAGCACUGAUGACAGUGAAUCAGAAAGUGAAGAAGCAGAGAACCAUCCAGAAGAUGAAUCCAUCUACAUAUGUAUCCCAGUCACAGAAAUGUUUGGCAGUCAACAUACACCUACAGAAGAUGAUUAUGUUGAAAAUGACGACUCUCUCUAUAAAUUAAUAGAUGGACUUCCAUCUGCUACGGAUAUAAGACAAAGAAAAUCGUACACCAUGUCAUUCAGCAAUAAAACCAAUAAUGCUGAAUGGGUGUAUGAGAUACUGAACAGGGAAACUUUAGAGGACAACUGUAAAAAGCUAAAAUCAUUUGGAAAUGUCUAUCACAAAGGUCAUCUGGCUGCAGCUGCCAAUCACAGGUGGUGUCGGGGAGCAAAUCAUGACACUAAUUUGUUCAGCAACAUUAUACCGCAGCAUAAGAAAUUAAACCAGGGCAUGUGGAAGAAACUGGAGAAUCACUGUAGAAACAUACAGAGAAAGAGGAACUGCAAUGUUCAUGUGUACACUGGACCACUUUACCUGAGAGAAACAAACGAUAAGCUAAGUAAAAUGAAGCGUUUGGGAGGUAAAGUAAUCCCAACUCACCUCUUUAAGGUGAUAAUUGUGGAGAAUGAGGAUGGGACAGUAGAAGAGCCAGAAUGCUAUGUGAUGCCCAAUGAGGAACCAGAAAAAAAAAACUUGGAUGACUAUAGCGGAUAUACUAUUGAAGAUAUCGAAAAGUACUCUGGGCUGACCUUCUUAAAACGCCCUCCCAAUGCAAACAUGAGAGACUGUAUAAAGACGGUGACAUUGAGGGGAGAAGCUGGAAAUGGAGAGACAUAUACUGUUGAUAUUACAGGUAGCUGCUGA